AACGUGAGGUGGUGGAUAGGUAUUCCAUGAUCAUGGCUCGCCAGUGGACUACCGCUUUCGUCGUCCUUUUUGGACUGUUGGCUCUGGCAUCUUCCAGUCCAUUAUAUGAAGAAUACGAAUCAUUCGCCAACGAAGAAGAAGCUGCAUUCCAAGAAGAAGUGGCCAGAGCAUUUGAAGAAGAAGUGGCCAGAGCAUUCGAAGAAGAAGAUGUUCGAGUUUACGAUGAAUCCGAAGAUGAUGUAAUGAGCCAAUUGCAGGAAACCCGCCGAUCUCAAGAAGGACCCCCUCGCCUCCUCAAGUCAUCCAAUUUCUGUUAUGGUAAAAGGUCUGGCAACUACGCCGAUGAGUCCAACCCUCGCGCUUUCUACAUGUGCGACAAGGCCGGACAAACAUUUACCAUGAAUUGCCAAGCCGGUUUGGUUUACGAUCAACAAUUGAACCGAUGCGAAUGGAACAAAAAUGGAGGGGGCGGGCAAUAUCCGCAGCCACCUCCUCCACCACCGCCUCAAAAACAAUACCAACCAUACCAACCACCACCGCCACCACCGCCACCACCGCCACCACCGCCACCUCCGCCACCACCGCCACCACCGCCACCACCGCCACCGCCACCGCCACCACCGCAACAGUACCCAUCGUACCCAUCGGUCGGCAGUGGUUACGGCCGCAAAUAGUCUCGAAUGGAAAAAUAUUUGAAAAAUUAUUUGCAAACGAUUUAAUUAUAUUUGUGCAUUAAUGCAAUAUAUAACCAUUUAUGAAACUGAA